CAGAGUUAUCUUUCCGUCGCCAGAUCUACUCAUGUCAAACAUUUCUCGAAAAGUUGCAUCAGAAAUAUCGGCGUUCAUUUUUUAACCAACACAACAGCAUAGAAGUUUAUUGCAGAGGACAGAGCCACCGCCAAAGCAGUGAGGGGGGCCGAUUCUCACUUGGUGCAAGCAUUGUAUCACCGGACGCUUCAGUGCGUGCACGUGUGCGUGACGAUGGCGGCCGCGGGCGAGGUUCUCAGCAAAAAGUUUUGGGAGCUGUGAACUGUGAAGAUACUGGUUUGGGAUAGCCUUGAAUGGCCUUGACCUUAGAAAUGUCCAUGAGGACCUUGCUUCUUCUGCGAAGCUGCAGCCAUAUUUUGAAUGCAUCCAAGAACUGCCUUUCUAGCAGAAAACUCUGUCAGACAUAUUUUCAAACUCCAAAGAGCUGCUUUCAUUCAUCUUUUGUUUCCUAUGCAAAAUCAAGUGAGUUGAAAAGACGUUUAAAAGCAGAAAAGAAAGCCAAGGAAAAGGCAGAGAAGGAGGUGGCCCAAGAGACUGCAGCAGCUGCCAAAUCAGAAAAACCCAAACUUCAGGAAGAUGAGGAAGAGAUUGAUCCCAAUGAAUAUUUUCGGCUUCGGUCUCGAGCUGUUGCACGACUUAAAGAAGAGGAUAAUAAUCCCUACCCUCAUAAGUUCCAUGUCCAGAUUUCACUGGAGACCUUUAUAGAGCGCUAUGAAAGAUUACAACCAGGAGAGAUGCUGGAGGAAGAUAUUACGGUGGCAGGUCGCAUCCAUGCAAAGAGAUUGUCAGGGGCCAAACUCAUUUUCUAUGAUCUCCGAGGAGAGGGAGUGAAAAUUCAAGUGAUGGCAAAUGCUAAGUACUAUUCAUCUGAUGAUGAAUAUGAGAAAGUAAUAGAAAAAGUGAAGAGAGGUGAUAUGAUUGGUGUACGUGGAAAACCAGCUAAAACCAAGAAAGGGGAACUAAGUAUUGUACCUGUGGAGAUGACACUUUUGUCCCCUUGCCUCCACCAGCUGCCUCACCUGUACUACGGGCUGAAGGACAAAGAGAAACGAUAUCGACAACGAUACCUUGACCUCAUCAUUAAUGACAAUGUGCGGCACAUAUUCAUCACUCGUACCAGGGUCAUUAAUUACUUGCGGCACUUUUUCAACGGGCUUGGUUUUCUGGAGGUUGAGACUCCUAUGAUGAACAUGAUUCCAGGUGGAGCCACUGCCAAGCCAUUCAUCACUCAUCAUAAUGAGCUUAACAUGGAUUUGUUUAUGAGGGUUGCUCCAGAGCUGUACCUUAAGAUGCUGAUUGUUGGAGGUUUCGAUCGUGUGUUUGAGAUUGGAAAGAAUUUUCGCAAUGAGGGCAUUGACCUGACUCACAACCCAGAGUUUACAAUGCUGGAGUUCUACAUGGCAUAUGCUGACUAUAACGAUCUGAUGCAGCUUGCUGAGGAAUUGCUGUCAGGGCUGGUGAAACACCUGACAGGAGGCUACAAGGUUGUGUACCAUCCAGAGGGGCCUGAGGGAGAGGCAGUGGAAAUAGACUUCACUCCUCCUUUCAAGCGCUUCAGCCUUGUCAGAGAUCUUGAGAAAUCACUUGGCAUCCAGUUUCCUUCUCCAACUACUUUCAGCACAGAAGAAACUCGACAAUUUUUUGAUAACUUGUGCAUCAAACAUGAAGUUGAAUGCCCACCUCCUCGCACUGUAGCCCGAAUGUUGGACAAACUAGUGGGUGUGUUUCUGGAGGAGAAGAUCAUCAGCCCCACCUUCAUCAUUGACCACCCACAGAUAAUGAGUCCUUUGGCCAAAUGGCAUCGGUCAGAGCAUGGACUGACGGAGCGGUUUGAGCUUUUUAUCAUGAAGAAAGAAAUCUGCAAUGCAUACACAGAGUUGAAUGACCCUGUGAUACAGAGAGACUGCUUUCAGCAGCAGGCUAAAGACAAAGCAGCCGGAGAUGAUGAAGCUAUGUUUGUGGAUGAAAAUUUCUGCACAGCACUGGAAUAUGGCCUGCCUCCUACAGGUGGCUUUGGUCUGGGUAUUGAUCGUCUGACCAUGUUCUUGACAGACAACAACAACAUCAAGGAAGUGCUACUCUUUCCAGCCAUGAAGCCCGAGGAGCAGCGGCCAAUGGAUAAGAAGGAAGCAGGUGUGGCAGAUGGUGCAAGUUAACUGUUCGGUGCUGACUGCAAACCACUAAAUUAUCUCCACUGUUAGGUUUUCAUCAUUUAGCACAACUGAUCAAGAGGCAUUUCUCAAAACAAUUGUAUUUCUAUUGACAAGAACAUGUGAAAAGACAAGUUUUGAGUGCUUGGUGCACAGUACAUUCUGUUCUGGAAAAAAAAAAAUCGCUUGCAAACUUUUCUGUCAGUAUGCGUUAUCACUUUCCCUCGUGAAUAUUGUGUAGUGUUGUCUAAUUUAUCUUGGUGUCUUGUGGAAGUAAAGCUUUUUUCCUCUCAAGAUGGCUUGGACGGGUGCUCACUGGUGGUUCUGAUAGCCAAGUGGUCAGAAUUUAAGCAUGUGAGAUUUAACCAAGUCCAAGACAAAUGUCUUCAACUAAAGUCUGAGCUGUUCCCCUUGUCCGUUUUUUUUUUUUUUCUUUUUUAACUGUAAAUGAAAAGGGACAAAAUCCAGUCAUUUAGCUACAUGAAUCACACUUGAAUAGUCAUUUUCAAGUUUAUUUUUGAGACUGAAUUUCUUCAUAAUUAUGUUUAUUCAUUUCUACGUAGUAUGUAAUAAUUAAAAUGUACUAAAUUCAGGACUAGACAUUGUAAAGAUUAUUGUGUGUAAGCCUGUUUUGAUAUGUUCUGUUGAGAAAUACUAUUUGAUACAUCUAAUUUCCUUUGAAUUUACAAUGAAGUGCUAUUUUAUGAUAGAAGAAAGAAGGUAUUCCUACUUUAUUCCAACUCAGAACUUAAAUUAUCUUCUGUCAUGUUUACUUCUUACGAUUUCUUGAAUUCAUGCAUAUACUUGGGUAUCAAAAUCAGAUUCGGACUCAAAGUGUGAUGGAUUUAGCUCUCCAACUUGACACUUGAUAUACUUCACAUUCUAGCAGCUAUGGGCAUCAUUAGCACUGAAAUAAACUGAUGAUGACUC